GAUCAUCUUAUUCCUUUUAUAAUAUGAUCUUUUCUCUUUCUUUUUAAGUAAAUAUUUUUAAGCUACUUUAUCAUUUGUUUCUGAGCACUUUCUGCAGAAUAAGAUGACUGGCCAAAAAUCAUAAAUCUGAGCUGCGUGAAGAAUAACAUAAGAUAACAAAUCUCAAGGCAACAGAUGUUUUCGAAGCAACUUUCCCUUCUGAAAGUUUGAGUCGCUCCCACUUUUUUUCAUCUCCUGGUGCUAAUCGUCUAUAUAAACGAGCUUGGCGGGACACUUGCAAUAUUUCAGCCAGGAAGUGUUCCGCCCAACAACCCCUUGCUUCAAUUUCCGCUGCUGUUGGUAUGGGAAUAAUAUUCAUUUUCGCGCCUUCAAACUUGAAAGCAGCAUGCAAAAGCCACAGCUUCAGCUUGUUUUGUUCCAGGCGAGUGUGCUCUUUUCGAAGAGGAAGGGAAAGAUGAUCAAGGCUCAGUUAGAUUCAGGCUUCAGCCUUCAAAAGCUGCUACUUGGAGGAUUGCCAAAAUUGGUGGAGUUUCCAGAAUGGCUUCUUCAAGCAUCCACCAACGCCCUGCAAUGCUUAAAAAUAGGAAGUUGUCAAAAGCUUAAAGAAUUGCCUGCGUGCCUACAAAGCAUAGCGUCUCUUCAACAACUUGUUAUUCAAGAUUGUUAUGAAUUGAGCAGAAGAUGUGAACAUGGAAAAGGUGAAUAUUGGUCCAAGAUUGCUCACAUCCCUCAAAUUGUUCUUUACUGUUCUGACAUCAAUUCAACGCACUACAAACAGUUAGGUCCAUGGGAGUUUGUGAGGUACUGUCUAAUUCAACUUUUGUUAUGCCUAUACAUUGAAUGAAAUUAUUUAUGAUAAUAAAUUAUUUAAAUGCCAGUUGUGCAUGAGAACCUUCGUCUACUCAUUUGGUUUUUAACUUUUGUGAACCUUCUUAUUAUAUUAUUAGUAUUUCUAAACUCGUCACUUUUAUUUUGAUAUAGUUCUAUAUCUGAUAUUAGAACCUCUGUCCUUCUAUCACUCAAUACUCUCGUCUUAUUUUUACUUGUGAAAAGCUUUAGCUUGGUUUUCAAUACAAGUAAGGCUUCCAGUUGAGGCUUCAGAUAUCGAUCACUAUAGGAGUUGUACUACUGGAUUCUCCACAAUGUCUUCAAGGAUCUGCCACUUUAUGAGUUACCAAUGAACUAGUCUUGGAUAAAUACAUCUGACAUGCUUAUCUAACCAACAGUAAAGUGGAACCAUUCGGCUGAAAUCACUCAAAUCAGAGUAUAGAUUCAGCCACAUUCAUCUUUCAAAUCAUCAAAAGCU